AUGAGGAGACUGAGUUUGUGGUGGCUGCUGAGCAGGGUCUGUCUGCUGCUGCCGCCGCCCUGCGCACUGGUGCUGGCCGGGGUGCCUGGCUCCUCCUCGCACCCGCAGCCCUGCCAGAUCCUCAAGCGCAUCGGACACGCGGUGAGGGUGGGCGCGGUGCACUUGCAGCCCUGGACCACGGCCCCCCGCGCGGCCAGCCGCACCCCGGACGGCAGCCGGACAGGCGCCCCGCGAGAUGAACCUGAGCCAGGGACUUGGCUGCCCCCGGCGCCCUCGCCAGGCGCACGCUGGUUGGGGAGCGCCCUGCAUGGCCGGGGGCCGCUGGGCGCACGGAAGCCGGGGGAGGGCGCCAGGGCCGAGACCCUUUGGCCUCGGGACGCCCUCCUCUUCGCCGUGGACAACCUGAAUCGAGUAGAAGGACUGCUGCCCUACAACCUGUCUUUGGAAGUAGUGAUGGCCAUCGAGGCGGGCCUGGGCGAUCUGCCCCUCUUGCCCUUCUCCUCCCCUAGCUCGCCGUGGAGCAGUGACCCUUUCUCCUUUCUGCAGAGCGUGUGUCACACUGUGGUGGUGCAAGGGGUAUCUGCGCUGCUUGCCUUCCCUCAGAGCCUGGGGGAGAUGAUGGAGCUCGACUUGGUCAGCUCCGUCCUGCACAUUCCAGUUAUCAGCAUCGUGCGCUACGAGUUUCCACGGGAGAGUCAGAAUCCCCUUCACCUCCAACUGAGUUUAGAAAAUUCAUUAAGUUCUGAUGCUGAUGUCACUGUCUCAAUCCUGACCAUGAACAACUGGUACAAUUUUAGCUUGUUGCUGUGCCAGGAAGACUGGAACAUCACCGACUUCCUCCUCCUUACCCAGAAUAAUUCCAAGUUCCACCUGGGCUCUAUCAUCAACAUCACCAUCAACCUCUCCUCCACUGAGGACCUCUUGAGCUUCCUGCAGGUCCAGCUGGAGAGCAUUAAGAACAGUACACCCACAAUGGUGAUGUUUGGCUGCGACAUGGAAAGUAUCCGGCGGAUUUUCGAAAUUACCACCCAGUUUGGGGUAAUGCUCCCUGAACUUCGUUGGGUACUGGGGGAUUCCCAGAAUGUUGAGAAACUGAGGACAGAAGGUCUGCCCUUAGGGCUGAUUGCUCAUGGAAAAACAACACAGUCUGUCUUUGAGUACUAUGUACAAGAUGCCAUGGAACUGGUUGCAAGAGCUGUAGCCACAGCCACCAUGAUCCAGCCAGAACUUGCUCUCAUUCCCAGCACAAUGAACUGCAUGGAUGUGGAAACUGCAAAUCUCACAUCAGGACAAUAUUUAUCAAGGUUUCUAGCCAACACCACUUUCAGAGGCCUCAGUGGUUCCAUCAAAGUGAAAGGUUCCACUAUCAUCAGCUCAGAAAACAACUUUUUCAUCUGGAAUCUGCAAAAUGACCCCAUGGGAAAGCCAAUGUGGACACGCUUGGGCAGCUGGCAGAGGGGGAAGAUUGUCAUGGACUAUGGAAUAUGGCCAGAGCAAGCCCAGAGGCACAAAACCCACUUUCAGCACCCAAGUAAGCUACACUUGCGAGUGGUUACGCUGAUAGAGCAUCCAUUUGUCUUCACAAGGGAGGUUGAUGAUGAAGGCUUGUGCCCUGCUGGCCAACUCUGUCUAGACCCCAUGACUAAUGAUUCUUCCAUGUUGGACAGCCUUUUUAGCAGCCUCCAUAGCAGUAAUGAUACAGUGCCCAUAAAAUUGAAGAAGUGCUGCUAUGGAUAUUGCAUUGAUCUCCUGGAAAAACUAGCAGAAGACAUGAACUUUGACUUUGAUCUCUAUAUUGUUGGAGAUGGCAAAUAUGGAGCCUGGAAAAAUGGGCACUGGACUGGGCUGGUGGGUGAUCUCCUGAGUGGGUCAGCCCACUUGGCAGUCACUUCCUUCAGCAUCAAUACUGCACGAAGCCAGGUGAUAGAUUUCACCAGCCCUUUCUUCUCCACCAGCUUGGGCAUCUUAGUGAGGACACGAGACACAGCAGCUCCCAUCGGAGCCUUCAUGUGGCCACUCCACUGGACAAUGUGGCUGGGGAUUUUUGUGACGCUGCACAUCACUGCCAUUUUCCUCACUCUCUAUGAAUGGAAAAGCCCCUUUGGCAUGACUCCCAAGGGGCGGAAUAGAAGUAAAGUUUUCUCCUUCUCUUCAGCCUUGAAUGUCUGUUAUGCUCUCUUGUUUGGUAGAACAGCAGCUAUCAAACCUCCAAAAUGCUGGACUGGAAGGUUUCUGAUGAACCUUUGGGCCAUUUUCUGUAUGUUUUGCCUUUCAACAUACACGGCGAAUUUGGCUGCCGUCAUGGUAGGUGAGAAGAUCUAUGAAGAGCUUUCUGGAAUACAUGACCCUAAGCUACAUCAUCCCUCUCAAGGCUUCCGUUUUGGAACUGUCCGGGAGAGCAGUGCUGAAGACUAUGUGAGGCAAAGCUUCCCAGAGAUGCAUGAGUAUAUGAGAAGGUACAAUGUACCAGCCACCCUGGAUGGAGUGGCAUAUCUAAAGAAUGAUCCAGAGAAACUAGAUGCCUUCAUCAUGGACAAAGCCCUCCUGGAUUAUGAAGUGUCAGUAGAUGCUGACUGCAAACUUCUAACUGUGGGGAAGCCAUUUGCCAUAGAAGGGUACGGCAUUGGUCUCCCUCCCAACUCUCCUUUUACCUCCAAUAUAUCCGAGCUAAUCAGUCAAUACAAAUCACACGGGUUUAUGGAUGUGCUCCAUGACAAGUGGUAUAAGGUGGUUCCCUGUGGCAAGAGAAGUUUUGCUGUCACUGAGACGUUGCAGAUGGGCAUCAAACACUUCUCUGGACUCUUCAUGCUGCUGUGCAUCGGAUUUGGUCUGUCCAUCCUGACCACCAUUGGUGAGCACAUGGUGUACAGGCUGGUGCUGCCACGCAUCAGGAACAAAUCUAGGCUACAAUACUGGCUCCACACCAGUCAGAGAUUACACAGAGCACUAAACACAUCAUUUGUAGAGGAAAAGCAACAGCGUUUCAAGACUAAACGUGUGGAAAGGAGGUCUAGUGUGGGGCCCCGUCACCUCACCGUGUGGAAUACUUCCAAUCUGAGUCAUGACAAUCGACGAAAGUACAUCUUUAAUGAUGAGGGUGGACCAAACCAGCUGGGCAUCCGGAUCCACCAGGACAUUCCUCUCCCGCCAAGGAGAAGAGAGCUCCCUGCCUCGCUGACCACCAAUGGGAAAGCAGACUCCCACAGCGGGGCUCGGAACUCAGUGAUGCAAGAGCUCUCAGAGCUGGAGAGGCAGAUUCAGGUGAUACGCCAGGAGCUGCAGCUGGCUGUGAGCAGGAAAACGGAGCUGGAAGAGUAUCAAAGGACAAAUCGAACUUGUGAGCUCUGA